AUGAAGUUUUCCACUAUUGCCUUCGCUGCCGGUGCUACAGCAGCUAGGUACAAAAGGCAGGACACCGUGUUUGAGGUCACCAAUUUCAGUGCCAGCUGUAUACCCCAUAGCACACAAUGCAGACUGCUGGAUCUUAUUUACUCGAUCGGAACCGUCGCUGACGAUUGUCUUGUCUCUAGUUACGACUUCGACGUCCUUGAGCCUGGCACAAUGCAGACAACUCCUCAGCAUUGUGCCGCCAUGGUCUCUGCUGAUGGGAUUGGCGAGCUGCCUGCGUUGGACAAUGGCGAGUGCGAGCAAACCUCCAAAACGUUCAAGAUCAUCAAAUCCUUCGGCGGUCUCGCGCUUUACGUAUACGAGCCCGUCACUCCUAGCUCCAACAAAUCUGGUGUUUACCAAAUCCAGACCGCGGAGCUUGAGACGGUCGUUCCUGCCGAGAACCCAAACGGUGCUCACCAGGUCUACAAGGGCCCUACAAGCUUUCCCCUCACGCCCCAAGGCAUGUAA